AUGAAACUAUCAAUUGCCGUACUGUCAUCAAUCCUUGCUGUCUGUUCGGUUACGAUUGCCAAUCCAGUUGAUCCCAGUUCGACCAUGAGUGCUGAAGCUAGCACUCCGACAGCCUCUUCAAGCGGAGCUUCAGCUGGUGAAGUUCUCCGUGCGCUUUCUCCUAGCACAAAUGUACUUGGGGGAUAUUGCGAUCGACUCGAUACUACUGAACUGUCGUUGAUGGAAGAAAUUGCAAAAGCUCGGGUUAAAUCUGUAAAAGCGUUUAAACUACUUGAAGAUAGACGUUUUGAGCUUGUUAUUCAAACAGGACUGCUUACUAAAGAGAGGGAAGACCUCGAAAAUAUGAUUCAAGCUCCGAGUCGGAAAUUGAGUUCUGCUCAAGACAACUAUGAGGAGUCUCGUCAACGUUGUAUAAGACUUCAAUAUACUGUAGAGGAUUACGUUUCGAGACUUUCGGAUAGGACGGAGGAAAGUAAAGAGUUGGCAAAAAAACUUACAAGCCAUUCUUCGUUUGGAGUAACACCGGAUGGUGAUGAUGGUCAACCAAAAUCAUUUUACGUAUAUCAGGAUUGCUUCAAGUAUUUCUACAAUCGCUUAUCACAGUGA